AUGGGCAUCGUCGAGACGAGGCUCCGCAGGAAGCCAAGGUAAGUGAGCCCCCCAGAUAGGCGAACGUUGCACUGCAGUCCCGUUGUCGGCUCUCUGUCUGUUUGUCUGUAUUUGUCCUUGUUGUAAGCUAUUUACCGCUUUGUUGGAUUUCCUGUAUUGCCUUUGCUUCAGUUUUCCUCUCCUGCUUGCUUUUGUCUGCUUGUCCGUGUCCGUCCCUACUUCUGUUGAAUACGCCAACUCGCCAUUCCUACGUCGCCAUGCAGUAAAAUUAGACAACUAAUGGCAAAGCAAUGCUUCCCGUAUCUCUACCCUUUGACUUACGCGUCGUCGUACGCAGUCCUAGGCUAUCUCGGGUUGUUCUCUCAGUAAACCAAGUCGUGGCACAUAGUGGAGUUCGACAGCCGUCUGGGAUAGCCGGACAGCCCUAUUCAGGGAGAGCACUGCCUACUCCCGCGCGAGUGGGAAGUGGCCAGAAAAGGUGCCCUAAACAAAUGCUGUGGAACUACGCCGUCUGCAGGCUGACCGUGGUUGCAGACGUUAAACUCAUAGUCGAAACAACAAAAAUCGAAACAACGUUCUCUCCUCCUUCUCCUCCUCCUCCUCCUCCUCCUCCUCCUCCUCCUCCUCCUCCCGCCAUCCCGCUCGUCACACUAGUAGGGUGAGUCCGCUCACUCUGGCAGCCUGUGUCCGAGAAGAUGGUGUUGACAUGUGUCUGGUAUGUCCACGCCUGAUGUAAUCAGAGGGGAAUGUCUUCGUCCCAGUGAUGACCCUCCCCCUCCAUAAAGAACCCCACACUUCCCUUGGGUAGGUUAAUGCUUCACUGCGUCCAGUGACACUAUCGUUGGGCCAAAUUGGCGAGUUAUCGUCGUAUCAUCGGCAAUGGAAGUUGAAAUCGAUAACUUUGAUAGGCAUGUGGUGACACAUUGACCGCGACUGCCUAUGGCUGCGGAGCAUUGUUGGAACCACGGCAGAGCUUGAUCGAUUAACCGAACAUUCGACAGUCGCCACAGAGACCCGAGUGCACACACACGCACACACACCAGGCGACAUAUGUGCACCCCGGAGCGUGUGUAACUGCGUGCACUCUGGUCAUUCAGGCGAAUAUGUGUCCGUUAACUUGGUUGAUAAACCUGGUCAACUGGUGCACCGCAUCCUGUCAUGAUAACCGGUGGAUCAGUUAUCGUGAUAACAUCUUGGUGCACACUGACAUUGUUUAGGUAGUUAUUAACCCAUCUGCUGAUGCUUUGGCUUGUUGGGUUUGUACCGGUCUGCAAGAGUUUCCGUCGUCCAGAAUGACUUCAUCUCUCUAAAUCUGAUCUUCUCGGAAAAUUCCGAUGUUAUUUUAGCUGAGAGUAUGCUACGACGUCUACGCUCCGCCGAUGACCAGCCCUGACGCCGCAAGGGGCACAUUUUACGAGGACCUGCAUGUCCUACUGGCGACUGUGUCGAAGGCGAGUAAGUUGAUUGUCCUUGGUGACUUCAACGCUUGCGUCGGUGCAGAUCAUGCUACUUAAAGAGAAGUGCUGGGUCUCCAUGGUCUCAGCGGCUCCAACGACAACGGCCUGCUACUUCUCCGCACCUGCGAGAGAAGGCCACCUGAAUUCACCCUCGAUCGCGUCAACGGCACCUGCUGGACUAUGUCCUCGUCCGGAGGCGAGACCAGUGGGACUUGUUGGUGACAAAGGCGAUUCCGGGUGUCGACAGGUGAACCGAUCAUCGUCUCGUCAUCUCGAAGGUGCGGAUUCGCCUACAGCCUUGCAGGAGACCCCAGGGUAAGCGAUCCCUAGGUAAGCUGAAUAUUGCUUUGUUGUCCUUGCCUGCUCACCAUGUCCAUUUAGGUAGCGAGCUAGAUCAACGGCUAUACUACCUACCAGUCGCUGAUGCCGUCGCCUGCAUGGAGAACCGAUGGUGUCAGCUGCGGUACACAGUCCAGUCGACGGCCUUGGCCGUCCUCGGUAGCGCACGUCGCCAGCACCAGAAUGGAUUUACCUCCAUAACUCCGGUCUUCUCGGCAAAUUCCGAUGUUAUUUUUGACCGACAGUAUGCCAGUUGCCUCGUUGGAAUAACAGUAAACGAACAUAUGGCAGAAAUACGAAUUUCCUCAGUGGCUCUCACAGAUUCCGUUAAUUGCCGAGUCUAUCUGCCCUAUUGA